GCCAGAAAUUAGACCUGCGUGUCUCCCACGUCGUUGGUCGUCGAAUCACGUGCUUUGGAAUUCUUACGCGACGUCAGAGCGACCGAGGCCUUCCUAGAUAUUCGAGACUCUCGAAAGCAGUCCACGUGUACGACACGCUGCGUGCCGUUAACGGAGCAUUCCGUGUGAUCGGAGCUCGCGGAAUUGGCGGAAGUUAUUACAUUUGGGAAUUCCGUCACGCAAAAACACUUUUGAGAAGAAAAAGCUACAGAUUCUUGAGAUACUCGAGAAUUCUCGUAUCGGUAAUAUAUUUCGGAGAGAUUAACGAGACGUUCAACUCUUUGGAAAUGUAUGUUGCGAGGCAAAAAGACGGAGAGAAAGAGUGACUCGCGAAAAGACCGGAAGUCAGUUGCGUAAUCACAUGUAUAUUCGCAAAAAUCGCAUGACGAUCUUCGCCGAGCGGAACCGAUUCUUUGGAAUUUUCAUAAUUUCAUAAAUUUUCGAAUAAACUCAGCUGGAAGUUUGCGUGAACAACUUAGGAAUAUUGCGGAACGAACGAGAUAUUAUUAAGUACGAUUGCUGGUGGUCCUUAAUUUUCGGCGGGUCGAGUUCUUCCGUGCUACGUGAUCUGGUUGUUCGCGCGACUACGGGCGCGCUUCGUGGGCGUGAGAAAAUCAGCCCGACCGACCGCCGACUGGCACGGAUACGGACAUUAUAAUCCAUCAGAGACCGGACCCUGUGCACACGAUCCCUGAUACGAAGGUUCUUCCUAUGCGAACGACUCGACAAAUUACCGGCGAAAGAUCGGAUUCGUAAUACGCGUCUGAAAAAUACAGCAAAUUUUCUUUUCCAUUGAGGAAAAAAAACAUUGCUGGUCGAUGCUGUGGCUUCGUCAUUCUCUGCACAACUUGAAUUGAAUGAGAAAGUUUUUGAUGCGACAAUCGAUUCUAAUCGUGAGUAAACUAAACGCACCAGACUCCGAGGCAGAUGAAAAUAGCACCGGGAAACAUGGAAAGCAAUGAGUAUCGGCGCGUUAUGCUGAACAGAAGGUCGAUCGCGCAAUUUUCUCCGUUGGAAAAUAAUUCGAGAAAUAGCAUCGUGAGUAGAAAACUGAAAAGCGAGAACCUUGACAGAAAUCUUCGCGUCACGUGACUUUUUCCCUAACGAAACAAUGACAUCCGCCGACUGGUCAAGAUCGCCGUAAGACUCGAAAGAACGAAGAGCGCGGAGAGUGAAAAAGUGUUUGCAUCGACGAACCCCCCCAGGCCCCAAGUUCACGACCUCUACGUACCAAGAGCAUCCCGAGAGUGUCUCGUGAGUGAGAACGGCGGUGGGCCGGGUGAGGGGGGUAAAUAAUAUCGGGGAAAAGUGAAAGAAGGGCGUGCGGGGAGACACGUGAGAAUCUGAGUUGGAACUUGACAGGAAUCUUUCUCCUCGCGCGUGCAACUCUUCGGCGGGCCGACGGCGCUCUUUUGCCGCAAUCGCGCGAGCCUCUCACCGCUCUCGUUCGCCGAUAACUACUUAUGAUCUCAAGCAAGAUGAUGCAUCGACAGCAGAGCGCCCAAUCGUCUUCAUCCAACGACGAGUUCGCGAUGUAUCCAUCGGCCGCGUACCAUUCUUCGUGUUCGACGCUACUUUCGUCGACAUCGACGUCAUCGUCGUCGUCGUCGUCGAGGUCGUCGUCCACGGGAUCGUCUUGCCCGUUCCUGGUGUCCGUCCUUACGUGGUCCUUAACGGUCAUGCUGAUCUCGUCCUGCAUCGGCUUGGGUGCGGACGCCGCCACCCUCAGCGGCCAUCCCCUGGGCAAAAGGUCAUUCUUCGACAUCCAGUGCAAGGGCGUGUACGACAAGAGCAUCUUCGCCCGUCUCGAUCGCAUCUGCGAAGACUGCUACAAUCUCUUCCGGGAACCGCAACUACAUAUGCUCUGCAAGAGAAAUUGCUUCAGCACACAAUACUUCACGAGCUGCAUCCAAGCGCUGCUGCUUGAGGACGAGAAGGAAAGGUUGGAGGAGAUGGUCGAGUACCUAGGUCGCAAGAAGUAAACGGGACAUAGUUGGAGCAACGACGCGCCGCACCACGAAGGAGACAUACACCAUACGACACACAUACGCACCCCCACACGUACAUACAGACACACAUACGCAAGCCUGAGAAGGAGGUCGAAGGAGAAGGAGAACGUGAUGUUCCUGUCUCGAAGAAGACGAAGAGGAGAACGAGGAGAAAAGAUUGCCGACACGUCGUCGUCGUACUACGAUUUUCGAGAACUUGGACGUUUUCGAAAUUCGAUAAACUAUCAUUCCACCUGGAAAAAGAGUCUAAAAGUACGGAGGACCAGGUGUCGCAUUGGAAAGCUGUGAACGAAAUGGCAAACACACCGAAUGCACGUAUUGAUCUCCGGAUUCAGGAAUAUUUUGUCGAGAUAUUUAAUUCAGGUGGUUGAGAAGAAUGCGAUUUAUUGAUCUGGAGAACGACGCGGUAGUACUUACGACGUCCACGAAAUUCGAGAAGACACGCGGAAAAAAGUUUCCGCUCGCAUUUGGAACAUGCGAUUUGUCUAUCGACUCGUGCUGUGACGCUAGUGCCCACUGACAAUGAGUAGAAAGUCGAAUAUCGUGGACGUCGUGCUAUUAGUAUGAGCGAGUAUUCGCGAGUAUUCGCGGUGCGAUGAGAGAAUAUGGCAGAGAAUGAGAGAAUUCAAAGAGAAAGAGAGAGGGAUGAAAAGAAAAAUAGCGAUCCUUCGCGGUGAGUCGCGUCGUUGCUUGACACGAUGAAGAACAAAGUUAAACAAUAACACUAAACAACGAGACACGAGAAGCGAAACGGUACGAUUGAGCCAUACAAACAAACAACAAACAGACAGACAAGACACAUACAGCGAAUCCAUACGAAUUCUAGUCGACAAAAUAUCUGCGCUCUCGCGCACCACGCCACUCGUUUUUAUUCGAUUAAUCAUUAAUUAUUAAUUAUUAAUCGUCGUCAUUCAUCACUACGUAGUAAUAAUGAUAAUCUAUAUUAUUAAUAUUAUUAUUAUUAUUAUCAUCCGGCUACUAUUAUGUCACGAUUAUAUUUUUUAUUACUAUCGCCAUCCUUCAUCGGUUCGUUGUUUAAUUAACGAUUGAGCCUUUAGUCGAGAUUAUAUAAAACACAUACACGCGACAGAGGCACUCGUAGAAGGUAUUGAUAGUUUGCUAAAUUCUAAAAUUUUUAAGUUGCAGGCAUAUAGUAAUGUCGUUAGAUAUACACGAAAAAAACACAUUAGGAAGAAAUAAAUGCACGAUUUCGAUCACGGGACGAUUAUUCGAAGAUUAAGAUUAUUAAGAUUCCUCUUUUUCGGCUAAGUAUUUUUCUUAAAACAUUUAAGGAAAGUAGAUAGGAGACCCGCCGGUCGUUCAAAUUACGACCGCCUUAUUAUUAAUAUUAUUAUUACUAUUAUGUUAUAGUAGAAUUAUUGUUGUUAUUAUUGCAAUUUAUGUUGCAACGCCUCCGCCCGGGUGAACGCACUGACGAGCACGGUGGAAGAAACGUUGGUGAUGUCAACGAUAUUCGACUCGAUUAUGCGACUCGAAUAUGAAUGUAUGCUGCACGCGCAACAUUCUCAAAAGAGCUUAAGGAAAGAAAGAGAUGGAUAAAGAGGUCUUCCUGCAAUUUAUUUGCUGGACACGAGCAACAUUGACAAACAACAAUAGACUUUCUUCCUCCGUAUUCGGCCGGUGUAGUACUCGCGAACGGCGAGUCGAUCGCGCAUAAAACGCGUAAUAUUUAUUUAUUUUUUCACGUUCUUAAGUUAUAUAAGCGACACGUAGCGAAGCAAAAGUAUUAGCGCGCGUACCUAACUGAGAGAGAGAGAGAGAGAGAGAGAGAGAGAGAGAGAGAGAGAGGAGGAGAGAGAGAGAGAGAAGUGCGCGCGUCCUCAAAGCCAAUGUCCAAUUGGAUGAUUGCCCGAGUGCGUGGACGAUGUGUGAAACAACCCCGGAGUAUCUCAACGAACACAAGAUGAGACAAAAGAAGAAGAGACAGUGCGAAAAAUCAAUCACGCGGGAUAUCGUCGAACUUCCAAGUAUCAACUGGUUGUUAGUAAAAUCAUUGAAGCAUUCUAGAAAGCAUUCUAGAAAAUAAUAUUUUUACCGUCAUUUGUAAAAACAUUGAUCGUAAUUUAAGUUAUUCUUUUUUGAGCCGUAUUCUUGCUAAAAAGAUAAAGAUGCUAAAAAAGAUAAUAGAUAAAAGAUAAAAAAUUGAUUAAAUGAAUUAAUUAACUGUAAAUGAAUUUACAAUUAAUCGAUAUUAAUGAAACCAGUUGUGAAAGUUAAGAAUUUUGGUUCUUCUGUCUCUCUUGGUUUCAAUGGCUUCGAAGACGCGCGCUACAAAGCUCCCUGUUGUGCUUUGCGGAAUAUCAUCGCCACUCUAACCGAGAAUUACGAACCAUUCCAAAAUCAGUAUUGAAAUCAUUCCGUCUUCGCGAUUUUUAGAACUUCAAGUUCGGCUUCGGAAACUCGUACACUCUGCGACAAGACGCAAAAUAUCUGUUCUGUCAUACUCAUUUAUUUUACUUUCAUCGAUUUUGCAUAUCACAAAAAUUCUAUGGAAUAUUGCAAAAAAGUUGCAUUAACAAAUUGAUAUUAUUUAUGUUAAA